CGGCAGCAGAGCAGAGCAGGCCCCCUAUUUAUGUCGCUUGUGUCGCUGGACUUGGUCGUCACUCUUCACUAGCCAGCCAGAGAUAGCUUUCCCCAGGCGAGCCUCCUCUUGCAUCUGUUGGUGUAACUGUACGGCCGGCCUGAGAAGAUGGGGCGAUCGCCGUGCUGCGAGAAGGAGGCCGGCCUGAAGAAGGGCCCCUGGACGCCGGAGGAGGACCAGAAGCUCCUCGCGCACAUCGAGCAGCACGGCCACGGCUGCUGGCGCUCGCUGCCCGCCAAGGCCGGGCUGCGGCGGUGCGGCAAGAGCUGCCGGCUCCGGUGGACCAACUACCUCCGCCCGGACAUCAAGCGCGGCAAGUUCACGCUACAGGAGGAGCAGACCAUCAUCCAGCUCCACGCGCUGCUCGGAAACAGGUGGUCGGCGAUCGCGACGCACCUGCCCAAGCGCACGGACAACGAGAUCAAGAACUACUGGAACACGCACCUCAAGAAGCGCCUCGCCAAGAUGGGCAUCGACCCCGUCACGCACAAGCCCCGCGCAGACGCCGACACCGCAGGUGGCGGCUCCGGCGCACGAUCCAGGGUCGCGGCGCACCUCAGCCACACGGCGCAGUGGGAGAGCGCGCGGCUCGAGGCCGAGGCGCGUCUCGCGCGCGACGCCAAGCUCAGGGCGCUCGCCUCGCCACCGCCGCCCGCCUCCAGCGUGCUCGACUCGCCCACCUCCACGCUCAGCUUCUCCGAGACCGCCAUGUUCGCCGCGGCGGCCAACGACGUGCACGGCGUCGCGCCCGUGUCGGUGCAGCACCUGCAGUCCUACGGUCAAGCAGCGUGCGGAGAGGACCAGUUCGGAGCCGGGACGUUUGACAGUGCGCUUCUCGACUGCUCCCUCGCCGACGCACACCAAAGGCUCGUGGUGGCCGUGCCUGAGGCCGUCGGCGGCGAUCAGAGCGAGGAGGACAAGGGCUACUGGAGCAGCAUACUCAACAUGGUUAACUCCUCCGUAUCCCCGUCGUUGACCUCUGAGGUGGUGCAACAACACCCAGUGAUGAUGUACUUGCCCCCGGCGACGGAAGAGUUCUGAAUGUUGAAGGCUCCUAAUUAAUCUGCUGCACUCACACAGUGAAGCGUUUGUGCCUCUCGCACAAUGAUACAGGGGCAAGUGCUAACGUUAAUUUUCAGCGUGUUCUUGUAGGUUCGUUUCGACAUGCUAUGGUUUAUUUGUGUGGAAUAAUAAGCCUGUAGUACUAA